AUGACCUCACAAUCUUCCAACAACCCCACGUCGCCCCGCCUUCCACCCCACCAAAUGCGCAAUGCCGCAGGGGCAUCUCCAAGUCCAGCUACGGGCUCGGUCCUGGCAGAAAACCCAGAACCUGUGGUUACUGUCGCAGUGCCGCCAGAUUACCCACAUCCACCUGUUACUGCUAGAAACUUGACCAGUGAUGGUCAAUUGGCUGAUGGUACCAGUGACGAUGAAGGGCUCAUGGCGCUCGAGUUCCAGGACGGGAGCGUUUACCAAGGGUACAGUUUCGGCGCUCAGAGAAGUGUCAGCGGAGAGAUGGUUUUCCAGACUGGCAUGGUCGGAUAUCCUGAGUCCAUAACAGACCCUUCGUACCGCGGCCAGAUUCUCGUGAUCACGUUUCCAUUGGUUGGAAAUUAUGGUGUCCCAAAACGUGAAGAUGUCGACCUUUUAACCGCAGACCUACCAGCAUACUUUGAAUCCAAUCAAAUCCAUAUUGCAGGUCUCGUCGUUGCCUCUUACGCCGGCGAAAACUACAGCCACUACCUUGCCUCGAGCUCUUUGGGCACAUGGCUAAAGGAGCAAAAUGUUCCCGCUAUCUACGGUGUCGAUACAAGGGCGUUGACGAAGAAGAUCCGCCAGCAGGGUAGCAUGUUGGGGAAGCUUCUGCUACAAAAGAAAAAUUCUAGACUCAGUGAAUUGGCCAGCGACGUUGGUGCUCUAUUGAACUGGCCAUCUGACAAGUCGUGGCGAGAUCACUUUGAAACUGUUGACUGGGUAGAUCCAAACCAGAAGAACCUGGUUGCCGAUGUUUCAAUCCGUGAGCCAAAGGUCUAUACCCCGCCAGCAGAAUUGGCACAGAAGACAUCUUCAGGUGAACCGCUCAGAAUUUUGUGCGUCGAUGUUGGUAUGAAAUACAACCAGAUCCGCUGCUUCCUAGCUCGUGGAUUUGAGAUCAAAGUUGUUCCCUGGGACUACGACUUCCCAACUCUGGAAGCCGGGAAGUACCAUGGUCUUUUCAUCAGUAACGGUCCAGGUGACCCAGCCAUGCUGGAUGUCACUGUCAAGAACAUUCAGAUUGCCUUGAAAGAAGACAAGACCCCUGUCUUUGGUAUCUGUUUGGGCCAUCAGCUUUUGUCCAGGGCCACUGGUGCGUCUACAAAGAAGAUGAAAUUCGGUAACAGAGGUCACAAUAUCCCUUGCACAAAUAUGAUCUCUGGCCGUUGUUAUAUUACCUCCCAGAACCACGGUUAUGCGGUGGAUACCACCACUCUAGCCGAAGGAUGGCAGGAGCUCUUCGUCAAUGCGAACGAUGGGUCGAACGAGGGUAUCUACCACGUUUCGAAGCCACAGUUCAGUGUUCAGUUCCACCCUGAGAGCACUCCCGGACCUAGGGACACAGAGUUCUUGUUCGACGUAUUCCUAGAUGCUGUCAAGAAGAGCACCGAAGACCCUGAGAAGUACCUCAACCAAGCAAUUGUCUUCCCCGGCGGUCUCAAGAAGGACAACAUUGAACGUUCUCCACGAGUCUAUGUCAAGAAAGUAUUGAUCCUAGGCAGUGGUGGCUUGAGUAUUGGACAAGCUGGAGAGUUCGACUACUCUGGCAGCCAAGCCAUUAAAGCCCUAAAAGAAGAAGGGAUCUAUACUAUCCUUAUCAACCCCAACAUUGCCACUAUCCAGACAUCAAAGGGUCUAGCAGACAAAGUUUACUUCCUCCCAGUUACUGCGGACUUCGUCAGGAAGGUCAUUAAACACGAGCGCCCAGAUGCUAUUUACGUUACAUUCGGUGGUCAAACCGCUCUCCAGGUCGGUAUUCAGCUCAAAGAUGAGUUUGAAGAACUCGGUGUCCAAGUUUUGGGUACACCUAUCAAUACCAUUAUUACUACUGAAGAUCGAGAGCUUUUCGCCCGUAGCAUGGAGCAGAUCGGUGAGAAAUGUGCCAAGUCAGCUUCAGCUUCUACUGUCGAGGAGUCCCUCAGAGUGGUUAAGGAUAUUGGAUUCCCUGUUAUCGUUCGUGCUGCCUACGCUCUCGGUGGUCUGGGCAGUGGAUUCGCAGAUAACGAGGAAGAGUUGGUUGAUCUUUGCAAUAAAGCCUUUGCCGCUAGCCCCCAGGUCCUGAUUGAGAAGAGUAUGAAGGGCUGGAAGGAGAUCGAGUACGAGGUUGUUAGAGAUUGUCAAGAUAACUGUAUUACCGUUUGUAACAUGGAGAACUUCGAUCCCUUGGGUAUCCAUACUGGAGAUUCUAUCGUCGUGGCUCCUUCACAAACGCUCUCUGAUGAUGACUAUAAUAUGCUGCGAACCACAGCUGUGAAUGUCAUCCGUCACUUGGGCGUCGUCGGAGAAUGCAACAUCCAAUAUGCGUUAAACCCAACAUCUCGGGAAUACUGCAUUAUUGAAGUGAAUGCACGUCUGUCUCGUUCCUCGGCUUUGGCGUCUAAGGCGACUGGUUAUCCGCUUGCAUUCGUCGCGGCGAAACUUGGUCUGGGUAUCCCUCUUAACGAGAUCUCGAACUCUGUGACUAAGGUUACCUGCGCAUGUUUCGAGCCAUCGCUUGACUAUGUCGUCGUCAAGAUUCCGCGAUGGGACUUGAAGAAGUUUACUCGCGUCUCUACACAGCUGAGUUCGUCCAUGAAAUCUGUUGGAGAAGUUAUGAGUAUUGGCCGAACAUUCGAAGAAGCCAUUCAAAAGGCAAUUAGAGCCAUUGAUUACCACAACCUUGGGUUCAGCGAAACCCAGGCUCUCAUGUCUAUUGACCAAGAACUUCAAUUCCCAUCUGACCAGCGUCUCUUUGCUAUUGCAAAUGCAAUGCAUGCCGGAUAUGAAGUCCAUAAGAUCUGGGAAAUGACAAAGAUCGAUAAGUGGUUCUUGAAUAGGUUGAUGGGACUUAUCCAAGCUGGUAACAUUUUGAAGAAGUUCACACCGGCAACAAUUCCAGCUGGGUUGUUCCGUAUGGCCAAGCAACUCGGUUUCUGCGACAGGCAGCUUGCGAACUUUUGGGGGAGCAAUGAGCUUGCUGUUAGACGGGCUAGGGUUGAUCAGGGUAUCAUGCCUUGGGUGAAGCAGAUUGAUACUGUUGCGGCCGAAUUCCCUGCCUUCACAAAUUAUCUAUACCUUACAUACAAUGCCAACGAACACGAUGUUACUUUCGAGGACCAGGGUAUCAUGGUUCUUGGAUCUGGUGUUUACAGGAUCGGAUCUUCCGUUGAGUUCGAUUGGUGCGCCGUCAGAGCAGUCAGGACUCUGAGAGAGCGUGGAGUCAAGACUAUCAUGGUCAACUACAAUCCGGAAACCGUCAGCACAGAUUACGAUGAGGCCGACAAGCUUUACUUCGAGAACAUCAAUCUCGAAAGCAUCCUUGACAUUUAUAACCUUGAGAGCUCAAGCGGUGUAAUCUUGUCUAUGGGUGGUCAAACCCCGAACAACAUCGCCCUCCCACUCUACCGUCUCAAUGUUAAGAUCCUCGGUACUUCACCUGAAAUGAUUGAUACCGCAGAAAAUCGCUUCAAAUUCUCCCGUAUGCUUGACCGAAUAGAAGUCGAUCAGCCUGAUUGGAAAGAACUUACCAGCAUUGAGGAAGCCAGUGCUUUCUGCGACAAGGUUUCGUUCCCAGUGUUGGUUAGACCAUCAUACGUUCUUUCCGGCGCAGCCAUGAAUACCGUCUACUCGAAGGACGAUUUGGCAAGCUACCUCCAGCAAGCCGUUGAGGUUUCAAGGGAACAUCCAGUCGUUAUCAGCAAAUACAUCGAGAACGCCAAGGAGAUUGAGAUGGACGCCGUUGCAAAGGAUGGUAAAAUGAUUAUGCACUUCAUCUCUGAGCACGUCGAGAACGCUGGUGUUCACUCUGGUGAUGCUACAUUGAUUGUUCCCCCACAGGAUCUUGAUCCAGAGACCGUUAGACGUAUUACAGAGGCUACCCGCAAGAUCGGAAACGCCCUGAAUGUUACUGGACCUUAUAAUAUCCAGUUUAUCGCAAAGGAUAACGAGAUCAAGGUCAUCGAGUGUAACGUCAGAGCCUCGAGAUCUUUCCCAUUUGUUUCUAAGGUUAUGGGAGUUGACUUGAUCGAAAUGGCCACAAAUGCGAUUAUUGGUGCUCCAGUUGAUGCGUACCCAGCUGUCAACAUUCCACAAAACUAUGUCGGUGUCAAGGUCCCACAGUUCAGUUUCUCUCGCCUCUCCGGCGCAGAUCCUGUUCUCGGUGUUGAAAUGGCCUCGACUGGUGAAGUCGCAUCCUUUGGUCGUGACAAGUACGAGGCUUACCUUAAGGCCAUGCUUUCGACUGGCUUCCAACUUCCUAAGAAGAGCGUUUUGUUCUCUAUUGGAAGUUAUAAGGAGAAGGUCGAACUCUUACCUUCGGUCAAGAAACUCCACGAAUACGGCUUCAAGAUCUUUGCUACCACUGGUACUGCAGAUUUCCUAGAAGCCAGUGGUGUUCCAGUGAAGUUUUUGGAGGCGCUCACAAACGAGAAGGAUGGCCAGAAGUCCGAGUACUCCCUCACUCAGCAUUUGGAAAACAAUUUGAUUGACUUGUAUAUCAAUUUGCCUUCUGCCAACCGUUUCAGACGUCCUUCGAACUAUAUCUCACAAGGGUACCGAAGUCGUCGUCUUGCAGUCGAUUUCCAGACUCCACUCGUCACCAACGUCAAGACAGCUAAGUUGUUGAUCGAAGCUAUUAUCAGAAACUAUGAGCUUGAGAUCUCGACUGUUGAUUACAAGGCUAGCCACCUCACUGCCAUGCUACCCGGUCUUGUAAACAUUGGCGCAUUCGUUCCUGGGUUGGCUAAGGCGGGAAGCCGUGACUUCGAGAAGGUCAUGAAGGCAUCUGCUGCAGCCGGUUUCUCAAUGGUUAGAAUCAUGCCCUUGGGUUUGGAAAACUCAUUGACGGAUGCUAGAGCCCUCAGCACUGCACAUUCCAAUGCUAGGAAGGCUGCCUACUGUGAUUUCAAUUUCUCAGUUGCCGCUACCACCACCAAUGCUAAGCAGUUGACCAGCUUAAUAUCCGAAGUUGGGUCUCUCUUCAUUCCGUUCAACCAUUUCUCUGGUAACUUCAAUAAAGUAGCUGCGGUUACCACUCACUUCGAAUUCUGGCCUACCAACAAGCCAAUUGUUACAGAUGCGAAGACAAGCGAUUUGGCUUCCAUCUUACUUUUGGCCAGCCUCCACAGCAGGAACGUGCAUAUCACUAGCGUAACUUCAAAGGAUGAUAUCAAACUCAUCGCUCUUAGCAAGCAGAAGGGGUUGCAAGUUACCUGCGACGUUGCAAUUUAUGCGCUGUUCCUGUCGCAAGACGAGUAUCCACAGUGUGCAGCUUUGCCCACAAAGGAAGACCAAGCAGCACUUUGGGAACAUAUGGAUAUCAUUGACUGCUUCUCUACCGGUAGUCUUCCAUACCAGCUCUCGCUUGAUGUGAAGGGAUCUGGAUCCGCCGUUCUUGGAAUUGCGGAGGCCCUUCCUUUGCUCUUCACUGCCGUUGCGGAUAAGAGGCUGACGUUGGAAGAUAUCACGAAGAGGUUGAGGGAUAACCCGAUGGAGAUCUUUGACCUUCAUGAGCAGCCGCAGUGUGCUAUUGAAGUCAACCUUGAUCGUGGUGUUCACAUCCAGGAGCAUGAUUCUUGGUCACCAUUCGCUGGUAAAGUUCUCAAGGGAUCUGUUGAGAGAGUCGUAUUCGAGGGCGAGACUGCUUGCCUGGACGGUAUCCUCAUCGCAGAUGGCACAGUUGGAAAGGACAUGUCUUCGUCAGGACCUCGACCAGCUCCAACGGUCAAGUCUCCACCUAUCAUGCCCCUUCAGGGAGGAAGACGGGAGUCGAAUGCAGGCGCAAGCGGCUACUCACAGUUCAAGAGACCAAGUACCGCUGGCGGCCCAAGUCUCGAACACCUCGACCUCGACGGUCCAAGAGCACCUUCCUCCAGCCACGGUCAAGACAUCGUCCGUUCCUCCGGUUUAUCACCCUAUAACCUCCUCCAACCGGAGAAACAAGUCUCCCCAGCCCUCUACGAGUUAGUCUCCCGCUCUCCAUUCCGUAGACGUCAUAUCCUCUCCGUCAAUCAGUUCAACCGUAGCGACCUACAUCUUCUUUUCACCAUCGCCCAAGAGAUGCGUACCGCUGUGGAAAGAUAUGGAGUUAUCGACCUCCUCAAGGGUAGAGUCUUAUGCACGAUGUUCUUCGAGCCAUCAACUCGUACCUCCGCCUCCUUCGACGCAGCAAUGCAACGUCUUGGAGGUCGUACGAUCCCCAUCUCAGCUGAUAUGUCAAGCACUCAAAAGGGUGAAACUCUUCAAGACACAAUCCGCACAUUAGCAUCUUACGGCGACGGUAUCGUCCUUCGUCACCCGUCCGAAGCUAGCGCCGAAACAGCUGCCCGCUUCUCACCGGUGCCCAUUAUCAACGGAGGUAACGGAAGCAAAGAACACCCAACCCAAGCAUUCUUGGACCUCUUCACCAUUCGUGAGGAACUAGGAACUGUAAACGGUCUCACCGUCACUUUCAUGGGUGAUCUCAAAUACGGCCGAACAGUGCACAGUCUGGCAAAACUUCUGUUGCACUAUGACGUUCGUAUUCAAUUCGUCUCUCCUAAAGAAUUGUCCAUGCCCGAGGAUGUGAAGAAGGAGAUACAGACCCAUGGUAGCCUGUUGGGUGAAUAUAGUGAAUUGACACCGGAGAUCAUCGGCCGCAGCGAUGUACUUUACUGUACUCGUGUGCAGAAGGAGAGGUUUACCGACCUUUCUGAGUUCGAGAGGUUGAAGGAUUCGUUCGUCGUUGAUAACAAGGUCUUGAAGCAUGCGAAGGAGCACAUGGUCAUUCUACACCCGUUGCCGAGGAAUUCUGAGAUCAGUGAGGAGGUAGACUUCGACCAGAGAGCGGCAUACUUUAGACAGAUGAGGUAUGGAUUGUUCACAAGAAUGGCCAUCUUAGCUAGUGUCCUGUUGUAA